AUGGAUCUCGAUCGCGACCAGCUCUCCAUCAACGCCAUCCGCGUCCUCUCCAUGGACGCCGUGCAACAAGCAAACUCCGGUCACCCUGGCGCUCCCAUGGGGCUCGCCGCCACCGCCUACACCCUGUGGACGCGGCACCUGAGCUUCGACGCGAAGAACCCCGAGUGGGCAAACCGCGAUCGCUUCGUCCUCUCCAAUGGCCACGCCUCCAUGCUGCUCUACUCGCUGCUGCAUCUGUCGGGCUUCGAGGCGAUGACGAUGGAGCAGAUCAAGAACUUCCGACAGUGGGGAUCGCUCACACCAGGACACCCCGAAGCAGAGCUCACCCCCGGCGUCGAGGUCACCACCGGCCCGCUCGGCCAGGGAUUCGCCACCUCCGUCGGCCUCGCCAUCGCCGAAGCACAGCUCGCCGAGCGCUUCGACAACACCAUCGAUCACUUCACCUAUGUGAUCUGCUCGGAUGGUGAUCUUAUGGAAGGCGUCUCCCACGAGGCCGCUUCGCUCGCAGGACACCUCGGCCUCGGCAAGCUCGUCGUCCUCUACGAUGACAACGCCAUCACCAUCGAUGGCACCACCGACAUCAGCUUCACCGAGGAUGUCCUCGCCAGGUUCGAAGCCUACGGCUGGCACACCUCGCGCGUGGCCGAUGGCAACGACGUCGAAGCGCUCGACGCCGCCAUCGAGGUCGCCAAGGAGGAGUCCGACAAGCCAAGCCUCAUCGCCGUGCGCACCAUCAUCGGCUUUGGCUCGCCCAACAAGGCAAACACCUCGUCUUCUCACGGCUCACCGCUCGGUGAUGACGAGAUCGCGCUCUCGCGCAAGGAGCUCGAGUGGCCCCACGAGGAGCGCUUCUUCAUCCCCGAGGAAGCCUACGCCCCCUUCCAUGAAGCCUCCGAUCGCGGCGCCAAACAACGCGCCGGGUGGGAGAAAUCACUCGAAGCCUACGCGUCGAGCAACCCCGAUAAAGCAGCCGAACUCACGCGCAGGCUCGCCGGCGAAUUGCCAGCAGGUUGGAAAGACAACCUCCCCAAAUUCGCACCUGAUGCCAAGGGGAUGGCCACGCGCGCCUCGGGCGGCAAGGUCGUCGCCGCGCUCUACAAGGCGCUCCCCGAACUGACCGGCGGCAGCGCCGACCUCGCGGGCUCGAACAAGACCCUGCACAAGGACUUCGGGAUCUUCGACAGGAACAAGCGCGACGCGCAGAACCUGCACUUUGGCGUGCGCGAGUUCGCCAUGGCCGCCGCCGCCAACGGCAUCUGCCUUCACGGCGGCUCGCGAGGUUUUGGCGCGACCUUCCUCGUCUUCUCCGAUUACAUGCGCCCCGCGCUCAGGUUGGCCGCGCUCAUGCACGAGCCGCAGCUGAUGGUCUUCACACACGACUCGAUCGGCCUCGGCGAGGAUGGCCCCACGCACCAACCCGUCGAGCACGUCAUGUCCUUGCGCAUGAUGCCAAACUACUGGGUCCUUCGCCCAGGCGACGCCAACGAGGUUCGCGAGUGCUGGGAAGCCGCCAUCGAGCGCACCGAUGGCCCUAGCGGCUUGGUGCUCACGCGCCAGAACGUCCCCACGUUCGAUCGCGACGCGCUCGGCACGCGCGGCGACGCCACGCGCGGAGGUUACAUCCUCGCGGAAGCUCCCGACGCCAAGCCACAGGUGAUCCUCAUCGGCACCGGCUCCGAGGUCUCACUCUGCAUGGAGGCAUGGGAGCAACUCAACGAGGCAGGCAUCUCCACCCGCGUCGUCAGCAUCCCUUGCUGGGAGCUGUUCGAGGCACAGGACGCAUCCUGGCGCGAGGAGGUCUUGCCCGCAGCAGUCACCGCGCGCGUCUCCGCAGAGGCUGGCGUCACGUUCGGUUGGGAGCGCUACAUCGGCGCGAACGGCGUCGCCAUCGGCCUCGAUCGCUUCGGCGCAUCGGCUCCCUACGAGGUCCUCUACGAGCAAUUCGGCAUCACCACCGACGCCAUCGUCGCCGCCGCCAAGAACCUUGUCUGA